AUGAUUUUUCCUUUUUUUGCUUUUGAGGUGGGCUUAGUGUGGUGUAGGAAGAUUCGAUAUUUAUUAGGUUUAAAAAGAAAUACGGAUAAAAAAAGAAUGAAAUGUGGACAAAAGGCGAAGCCUGUUACACAUGAUCAGGCUGCUGAACUUUACGAAAUUUUUUGCCAGUUUGAUUGCGCCGGAGAGGGUGUUCUUGAAAUGUCUAGAGUCAAGGAGUUUUUGCUUGAAAUAUUACCGGGUCUUACCGAGGACAUAUAUCUUUCUGUUAUUUUAGACGCAAAUCUCCAUAAUGCAGAAGAGAUAACCUUUGCACAGUUUUUUUUGGUUUUCUUUAACAUUUCAGCAAGAAUGCCUUGUAAUGGAAAGUAUGAACUCGAACAGUUAAAAGAAGUUUUUGCGGCAUUUGACCCAGAGUGCACGGGAUAUAUUGAGAUUAAUCGAUUUAUGCAAAUAAUGUUGGAGGAGGGAAAUCCCAUUUCUUCAUUUGAGGGAAGGGAACUUCUAUUACAAAUUCGUUACUUUGGUUGUGCACACAAAGGAAAAGUGAACUAUGUAAAAUUUUUGUCUAUAAUUUUUGUACGUGGCGUAUCCAAUCUAUUCUGUUUUGCCGUUUGA